CUGCGCCUUGCCAGGGGCCGCCGGCGGUACCGCUGCUCUCCGCACCUCGAGGGGCGUCUCGGGCGGUGCUGGCGGACUAGAGGGAGGCGCGGGGCAGCGCGGGAGCGGAGCCCGAGCCAGGAAGGGCAGCGGGAGCAGCGGGGCUCGGCGAGCCGCCCGUCCGUCCGCCCCCCCGCCCGCGCCUUCGGAGCAGCCUCCCGGCCGCCGGACGAGCGAGCAGCAAGGCAAAGGGGGCGUCGGAAGCGCGGCGGCGGCGCGAUGCUGGCCCUGGAGCUGCUGAGCCUGGCUUGGCUAGCCGGGGCGGUGCUGGGCCAGAACGAGACGGAGCCCAUCAUCCUGGAGGGCAAGUGCCUGGUGGUGUGUGACUCCAACCCGGCCUCCGAUCCGACCGGCACGGCGCUGGGCAUCUCGGUGCGGUCGGGCAGCGCCAAGGUGGCCUUCUCCGCCAUUCGCAGCACCAACCACGAGCCGUCGGAGAUGAGCAACCGUACCAUGAUCAUUUACUUCGACCAGGUGCUGGUCAACAUUGGGCUCAACUUUGACUCCGAACGCAGCACUUUCAUUGCUCCCCGGAAGGGCAUCUACAGCUUUAAUUUCCACGUGGUGAAGGUGUACAACAGGCAGACCAUCCAGGUGAGCUUAAUGCUCAACGGGUGGCCGGUGAUUUCAGCGUUUGCUGGGGACCAAGAUGUCACACGAGAAGCUGCCAGCAACGGGGUCCUGAUCCAGAUGGAGAAAGGAGACCGCGCCUAUUUAAAACUGGAGAGAGGAAACUUGAUGGGGGGCUGGAAAUACUCCACUUUCUCAGGAUUUCUAGUUUUUCCUCUUUAAAUGACUCGCUGACUG